CUUCAAGUCGUGACUGGUCCGCAGGAACGACUCGGAGCGCGCGCGGAAGCGAGCUUUGAAAGUUGACCGCAGCGCAGGCGUAGGAGUUUCGGGGCGACCAUGGUGGCGCUGCCGGACCUUGGGAGCGGCCUGCAGCCCUGGUGCCCGGUGGAUCUCAGCCCGGAAUGGGUGGACAUGGUUUGGGGACUGGACUUCACGGAGACCACGCCUCUGGAUCCCAGUAUAGAAGCAGAAAUUACAGAGACUGGAUUGGAUGCGUUUACAAAACUCUAUGAAAGUCUUUUCUACUUUGCCACUGAAGAACAUGGUUCCACAGAGAUCAUUUGGACCUUCUUCACUGAGAACAAUAUUUCUCACCAUGCGCUGGUGGCUUUGUUCUAUCACUUUGUUCAAACAGUCCAUAAGAAAAAUAUCAGUGUGCAACAUCGAGAAUAUGGUCUUCAUGCCGCUGGUCUUUAUUUCCUGCUCCUAGAAGUACCAGGCAGUGUCGCCAAUCAGAUUUUCCACCCAGUGAUGUUUGACAAAUGUAUACAGAUUCUAAAGAAGAGCUGGCCUCAGGAAUCUAACUUGAGUCGGAAAAGGAAAAAAGAACAGCCUAAGAACUCACAGGCUAAUCCAAGAGGGCAUAGAAAGAGAGGAAAGCCACCCAGGAAAGAAGAUAUUGAGAUGGACGAGAUUAUAGAAGAACAAGAAGACGAAGAGGACAUGUGUUUUUCCGCAUGGGACCUUUGUCAAAUUCGAAAAGCCAUCUCUCACCUUUUGAAGAAUUUUUUAAGGCUUCUGUCCAAGUUUUCCCUGAAAGAAAAGCCCCAGUGUGUACAGACCUGUAUAGAGGUCUUGGUGGCAUUAACUAAUUUUGAGCCAGUGCUUCAUGAAUUUAACGUUAUACAAGCCAGGGACAUUAACCAAGCAAAGUACAUACCAGAACUGGCUUAUCACGGAUUGUAUUUGCUGUGCUCCCCCAUUCAUGGAGAAGGAGACAAGGUUAUCGGUUCUGUUUUUCAUCAAAUGCUAAAUGUGAUACUGAUGUUAGAAGUAGGCGAAGGAUCCCAUCAUGCCCCCCUCGCCAUCACUUCACCAGUCAUCAGCAGCAGGAACCAGGCCAUCCAGUUCAUCAGUUCACUUGUGGACGAACUAAAGGAAAGUAUAUUUCCAGUUCUUCGUAUCUUACUCCAGCACAUCUGUGCCAAGGUGGUGGAUAAAUCAGAGUACCGGACCUGUACAGCCCAGGCCCUGGUACAGCUGCUCAGCAAGCUUCCUUGUGGGGAGUAUGCUGCGUUCAUUGCCUGGCUGUACAGAUAUUCACGAAGCUCCAAGAUCCCACACAGGGUCUUCACCCUUGACGUUGCCUUAGCUCUGCUGGAACUUCCAGAAAGAGAGGCGGACGGCACACUCUCCACGGAGCAGCAGAGGCUCCUAAAGCAUAAGUUCUUGGUGCAGGACAUUAUGUUCGACCGUUGUUUGGACAAGGCACCGACCGUCCGCAGCAAGGCGUUAUCCAGUUUUGCACAUUGCCUGGAGCUGUCUGUGAACAGUGCGUCGGAAAGCGUCCUAGAAUUCCUGAUUAACAGUCCUACAAUUUUACAAACAGAGAGCCACCCUGGUACUUUACUGAAAAACUCAUCAGCUUCUUCCUGUCAGAAGCAAACACUUAACCCUUCUGGAGACUCGGGGCUGAUCACUACAGAGGCCAGUGAGGAAACCAUUGGAUCUAGAGAAAGAUGUGUCAUGGCAAUGCUGAGGAAGAGAAUCAGGGAUGAGAAGACCAACGUUCGGAAGUCUGCCCUCCAGGUGCUGGUGAGCGUUUUGAAACACUGCAACAUCUCAGCUAUGAAAGAAGAGCUGUCCGUUCUUCAGGAGCAGUGUCGGGACCCCGCGGUGUCUGUCCGGAAGCAGGCCUUACAGUCUCUCACUGAACUCCUUAUGGCCCACCCGGGAUGCGUCCCCAUGCAGAAAGCCUGGCUGCGGGGGGCCGUGCCGGUGGUGAUGGACUGUGAGAGCACCGUGCAGGAGAAGGCCCUGGAGUGCCUGGACCAGCUCCUGUUGCAGAACGUUAAGCACUUCAGUAAGUUCCAUAGUGGAGAUGACGGCCAAGUGUUGGCUUGGGCACUGCUCGGUCUCCUUAGCACAGAAAGCCAGGAAUUGAGCCGCUAUUUAAACAAGGCUUUUUUUAUCUGGUCCAAGAAAGAUAAAUUCUCGUCUACUUUUAUAAAUAAUGUGAUAUCCCACACUGGCACGGAACAUUCUGCACCAGCCUGGAUGCUGCUGUCCAAGAUCGCCUGCACGUCCCCCAAGCUGGACUACACCAAAGUCAUGGAGUCCUGGGAGAGAAUCUGCAGUCAACAGAAUCCCAAUUCGGACACCGUAGGACAUAUUCUGUGUGUUAUUGGGCAUGUUGCAAAGCAUCUUCCAAAGAACACCCGGGACAAGGUGAUUGAUGUUGUCAAGUGUAAGCUGAAUGGAUUCCAGUGGUCUCUAGAGUUGAUCAGCUCCGCUGUCGAUACUUUGCAAAGACUGUGUAGAGCAUGUGCAGAGACACCUGCGGAGGAACAGGAGCUACUGAACCAGGUGUGCGGGGAUGUCCUCUCCACCUGUGUGCACUGCCUCUCCAACAUUGUACUGAAGGAAGAUGGUGCUGGGAAUGUGGAUGAAGACCUGUUGGUGAAGUAUAUUUUUACCUUAGGGGAUAUAGCCCAGCUCUGUCCUGCCAGAGUGGAGAAGCGAGCCUUCCUUCUGAUCCAGUCCAUUCUGGCUUCUUCUGCUGACGCGGAUCAUUUAGCCCCCUCUCAAGGCAGCAGCGAAGCCCCAGCCUCUCAGCCGCUCUCCCAGCUCAAAGGCUCUGUCAUGCCUUCUGUGAUUAGAGCGCACGCCAUCAUUACCCUUGGUAAGCUGUGCUUACAGCACGAGGAUCUGGCAAAGAAGAGCGUCCCGGCCCUGGUGAGGGAGCUGGAGGUGUGCGAAGACAUGGCCGUUCGCAACAACGUGGUCAUCGUCCUGUGUGACCUCUGCAUCCGGUACACUGUCAUGGUGGACAAGUACGUCCCCAAUAUCUCCAUGUGUCUGAAGGAUCCAGACCCGUUCAUCCGAAAGCAGACGCUCAUCUUGCUCACCAAUCUCUUGCAGGAAGAAUUUGUGAAAUGGAAGGGCUCUCUGUUCUUUCGAUUCGUCAGCACUUUGAUUGACCCACACCCAGACGUUGCCAGUUUCGGGGAGCUUUGCCUGGCUCACCUGUUACUGAAGAGGAACCCUGUCAUGUUCUUCCAACACUUCAUUGAGUGCAUUUUCCACUUCAAUAACUACGAGAAGCAUGAGAAGUACAACAAGUUCCCCCAGUCAGAGAGAGAGAAGCGGCUUUUUUCACUGAAGGGAAAGACAAACAAGGAAAAACGGAUGAAAAUCUACAAGUUUCUUCUAGAGCACUUCACAGAUGAACAGCGAUUCAAUAUCACUUCCAAAAUCUGCCUUAGCAUUUUGGCGUGCUUCGCCGAUGGCGUCCUGCCCCUGGACCUGGAAGCCAGUGACUUACUCUCAGAUACCUUCGAGGUCCUCAGCUCCAAGGAAAUCAAGCUUUUGGCCAUGAGAUCAAAACCAGAUAAGGACCUCCUGAUGGAAGAAGAUGACAUGGCCCUGGCGAACGUGGUCAUGGAGGAGGCCCAGAAGAAGCUCAUCUCCCAGGUUCAGAAGAGGAAUUUCAUAGAGAACAUCAUUCCAAUCAUCAUUUCCCUGAAGACCAUGCUGGAGAAGAAGAAGAUCCCAGCUCUGCGGGAGCUCAUGCACUAUCUCAGGGAGGUGAUGCAGGAUUAUCGGGAUGAGAUCAACGAUUUCUUUGCAGUCGACAAGCAGCUAGCGUCAGAACUCGAGUACGACAUGAAGAAGUACAGCGAACAGCUGGCCCAGGAGCAAGAGCUGGCAAGACAGGCAGAAGGGGACAGGGCGGCGGAAGGCGCUGCAGGGACCCCAGGCGUGCAGGUCGCACCAAGUUUAGAAAUAAUGCCAGCUCCCGAUGGCCAGCAGAAUGGCCCUGGGCCCCACGGUGUGGGCCAGGCUGCAGCUCACAAGUCAGGCCCUGGCCAGGCCCCGCUCCCACCCAUCUCACCCGAGACCGGGCAGGUGAAGAGGUUGAUGCCCAGAGCCAGGUCCAUGUCUCUGAGCACCAUUGCAAUCCUGAACUCGGUCAAGAAAGCCGUGGAAUCGAACCGCCGGCGCGGCCAUCGGAGCGUAGGCGUGCUGCCUUUCACGCUGAACCCCGACAGCCUGGACGGAACCCGGCGUCGGGCCUCUUCAUGUAGCUUGGAGCAGGAGUCCAGUGGAGGGGUGGACCCUGUGGCCAGAAGAGCCAUCAGCACCCCCGACAAGCCCAUCGCCGAGGUCACAUUUGAAGCAGGAGUCAGCUACAUCGGCACGCCUCGCACUCCUUUUCCAGUCAAAGAGAAAACUGGAGCCCAGGAUCAAGGAAAUGACAUUUUAUGUUUAUCGUUGCCUGAUAAACCGCCUCCGCAGCCUCAGCCGUGGAACGUGAAGUCUCCAGCCAGAAGCAAAGACAGCCUCGCCCCCAGCAGGAGGUCACUGAGGAAGAGCCCCCUGAAAACAGCCAACUGAAACGGGGCGCGUCAGGGAGCGUCUGGGCCGUGGGAGCCAGGACGGAGGUGUUCUGCCUGUGGAGAGGCAGCGCGCCGCCUCCCGCAGGCCCUGGGGGCGCUUCCCGGCGUCACACCCGCGCUCGUCCCUGUGAUUCUGGCACCCUCCCGCUGUGGGCCUGUGAGCUGCCCACCCCUGCAACGCCUUAUGAAAUAUACAGUAAAAAAACGUGCACGGUAAUAGAGAAAUGCCUUAGCUCUUCAGUGCUCUAACUUGGCUCCACAUGACAGUAUCCGGUCCAUUUUGGUGAUCUUUAAGGACCCAUUCUGGUCCCUAAGGAACACCACACAUUUGCUUUCUUUAACUGAAUGCUUUACAGUAGUUCCUCAUGUCUAAUGACAAGAUUUUGAUUGUAAUAUUUUUCUAUUAUUUAUGAACUGCACAUUCCUUUAAAAAGUGUACAGCUUUUUAAACAAUAAAAGAGGU